CUCGUAGUGGUUAUGAUGGAUUGUCUUGGAGAACAGAUCAAAGAAAGUUAAGUAGCUUACUAAGUGGCGACUGGCAAAAUGUAUCAGGGACCAUCAACUAGAUUCAGGGAUGUUUUAUUUAUUUAACCUUUAUGUAACCUCUAUUUAACUAGGCAUAACCACAAACAAAAAUACAAAUCAUUUGUAGACUGCAAAUUAACAGCAAAGAAGCCCAAACAUGAUUUAUUAUUAGACUAAAACAUAUAUAAUUUCAACCGUUACUUACAUUUGAUUUCCAAAAUUAAAAUCACUUGGGAGACGAUUUACUGGCGUUUUUUUUAAAGUCUUUUAUGUCCAACAAUUAAAAACGUUUCCAGGUACUCAAAAUCAAAGCACCAGCUAGGAACGCUGUGGUUAGUAGUGGGGCUAUGGUGUCUUUAGUAGUGAAUGAACGUGUUAAAAUAUGUGGCAGACGGAAAGAGAGAGAGAAAUAUAUAUAUAUAUAGAGAGAGAGAGAUGAGCACUGCAGAGAGAGAGAGAGAGAAUCACUAGAGGAGUUGCGUUUGGAGAGAGGGAGGAAUAGAGAGAGAGAACGCGGAAAGGGCCAAAGAAAAGACGAGAAAGAAGAGAGGAGGAAAUAGUAAAUAAAUCAGGACUAUCGUUUAUUUUGUCUACGUAACGUGAAGUUAUCAGUAGAAAACGGACAAGUCAACCGCUUUUUCAGACGUUUUUACAACACCACGAGGACACAGACGGGAGAACCGCAUGGAAUAUUUUCUCUUUGUACUGAACCGGACACUCUUAGUUAGUAUUUUUAUACGACGAAUUGUCACAGUGGAAAUAAGCCAAUUUUAUAGUCUUAUUUUUGAUGGUGAUUUUGAUUUGGAAACCACGAAGUGAACCUAAUGCCAUGCUCUUUUGCAAAGAAGGGAACAAUAGCGUAACAGAGACUUGACUCGGUACAUUUUCUAUCUGCUCCUGUAGAACCGCGUUAACGGCCACACGACACGCAGAACAAUACAAAAUCAACGCGAAUAAAUUCGCUCUGCCAACAAGGACUUCCAGGAUCUUCUUCAGCCGACAGAUCAUGGCUGCGGUUACCAGCCCAGAGACGAGUCCUCAACCCCGGGUAUAUUUCCAGACGGCAGCUGCCGGUUCCACCGAAGAACCGGAGACCCCUGUUCGGAAGCAAGGACGAGUAACCGUGAAAUAUGACCGAAAAGAAUUGAGAAAGAGACUGAAUCUGGAGGAAUGGAUAAUCGAUCAGCUAACGGAUCUUUACGACUGUGAGGAAGAGGCUAUACCCGAGUUGGAGAUAGAUGUGGAUGAGCUGCUGGACAUGCCUAGUGAUGAUGACCGAGGAGCCAGAGUUAAAGAUCUGCUGAUAGACUGUUACAAACCUACUGAGGACUUUGUGUCUGAUCUGCUGGAUAAGAUUCGUGGCAUGCAGAAACUCACCACCCCCCAGAAGAAAUAACCUCACCCCUUUCUCCUCCCUCAGCCCAAAUGGCCUUCCCCCACCCUCAACCUCACCCAACUGAAGAAAUAGGAGCUUUGCCUCCUCAGAGAUGGCGGGAGGAGGAGGAGAAGAGAGUGGAGUAGAGGGACGAAGAUAAAGAGAAGAGAGGAUGGAAGAGGAGGAGAGAAGAUUGAAGCAGCCAAUCAGAUCUAAGCAGGGCUCAUGAUGUCCUAUCCUGUGGUUUUAUUUUAAUGUUUUAUUUAGUUGAAAUUUAUUUUUAGUUUUUUUUAAGGGGGUUGUAUUGUUGUUAAAUGAUCAAUGGAUCUGUGCUAUUUCUCAUGUUAAUGUGAUGCCAGUGAACAUAGCAUACUAUAAUGUGGCUGUACGUUUAGUAGUGGUGAGUUUUAGUCCCAAAUGGUAACUUAUCUUUUAUAGUCCACUACUUCUAACCAGGGCUCUGGUUGAGGACUAGGUGAUUGGGAGCCAUUUUGGCUCUGGUUGUGGACUAGGUGAUUGGGAGCCAUUUUGGCUCUGGUUGUGGACUAGGUGAUUAGGAGCCAUUUUGGCUCUGGUUGUGGACUAGGUGAUUGGGAGCCAUUUUGGCUCUGGUUGUGGACUAGGUGAUUGGGAGCCAUUUUGGCUCUGGUUGUGGACUAGGUGAUUAGGAGCCAUUUUGGCUCUGGUUGUGGACUAGGUGAUUGGGAGCCAUUUUGGCUCUGGUUGUGGACUAGGUGAUUGGGAGCCAUUUUGGCUCUGGUUGUGGACUAGGUGAUUAGGAGCCAUUUUGGGACGUAACCUUUCGAGUUUUAGGACUGACUCCUGUGUAUAAUACAGUGUAUACAUUUAAAUGUCAGUCAUUUAGCCGAUGCUCUUAUCCAGAGCGUCUUAUAGGAGCGAUUAGGGUUAAGUGCCUUGCUCAAGGGCACAUCGGCAGAUUUUCUCACCUAGUCGGAUCGGGGAUACAAACCAACAACUUUUCUGUUAUUUGGUCCAAUGCUCUUAACCAAUAGGAUACCUGCUGCCCUAUACGCAGCUCCGUGUGUGGUUAACGUGUGUGUGGUCUGGAACACACACACACACACACACACACACACACACACACACACACACACACACACACACACACACACACACACACACACACACACACACACACACACACACACACACACACACACACACACACACACACACACACACCGGGGGACUUUAACAAAGUGGCCUUGUUUCUUUCUAGCUCUAUAUUUCUCUGUCUUCUUCUUCUCUAAAACAGUUUCUUUUCUCUCACAUAGUGUGCAGUCUAAGGGCUAUUUUCAGUGAGGACUCAUGGAGAGUUUUCAGUAGAGCAGUAAACCAAUGAGGGGUGAGAUGGGAGGAGGGAGUGAAGGCAGGGCAAGCAAGGGAGGGGGGGGGACUGUAGUGGAAAAUUAUGGCUGUCUGGAUGCUUUUAUCCAAAUAGCAACACACACACACACACACACACACACACACACACACACACACACACACACACACACACACACACACACACACACACACACACACACACACACACACACACAGGAAACAGCA